CGGGUUGUUCAAAAGAUUUUAAACAAUCCGAAAAAUCUGUUGUAGAAAUGUCAACAAGUAAAAAGGUACCUAAUGCUGGUGGCAAUGCAAACCAAUAUAGCGCAUCCAAUAAUCGCUCAUUGGAAUCUAAAUACUGGCAGGAAUGGGGAAGCUAUGUUUCCAAAUAUUAUGAUAACAUAUUAACUAAAAUUGUGAAGCAUAUGCAGGAUCGAUAUAGAGGUGGCAUAAAUCUAAAAUUGAGUUUACAAGAAAUUCUAACUGAAACCGAUCAAUUAGAUAUUGACAAUUCUGUUAUGGAGUGGCUAGCAAGUGAGGCUCUCGUAAAACACCCCAAAAUUGAUAUAAGCGCUGACAAGAAAAAGUUCUCCUUUAAGCCAACCUACAAUGUACGUGAUGGUAAUUCGCUAAUGCAUUUAUUAAUGUGGCAUCGUACUAAAGGUUUGGGUGGAGUUCUUUUGGAUGAUGUCAAGGAGUCAUUGCCAAACAUUAAUAUGGUUCUUAGGGCAUAUGCGAAAUAUAUAAUAAUCGUAACUCGUCCCAUUGAGAAGAAAAAAUUCCUUUUCUUCAACGAUCGCUUUGCUGAUGAUAUGAGUGUUGACGAAGGUAUUCAGAAGAUGUGGCGUAGGAUGAAUAAUGAUGGCAUCGAAAACUUACAAACUGAUACAAAUGUAGAAGAGGCGGGUAUUUCUUGUUUAGGAGGUUCAAUCCAAAAAACGCAUGCCGAAAUGAAAAGAAAAACCCCUGCCAAAACAUAUCAGUGGAAGAAACGUGUUGUUAAUGGGCAUGUCCAAGAUAUUUUAGAAACAUAUAAAGACGACACUAUUGACGAAAAAGUAAUGGAAUUGGAAAAUAUUCCCACAGGUUAAACUCCAGAUAUACAAUCAAAUACACGAACCUAUUUAGAUAAGCAGAGG